CCAGUCGCACAAUCCCAUAGGCAUUGUAUGAUCGGGUUCGGUCGGAAUUUCUGAAGGAACUCUUAUAUCGGCGUGGAAUAACGGGAACGUAAAUUUGCAAAGGAAAUAUGUGUAGUUUAAUUCACGAAACAAUUGUAUCUGGCGACCUUCCUUUUGACGGUGUGAUAGGCCUAUUGUGCUGCACUUGCUCGCUAUAGUGAGUUUUGUAGGAUAGCUAGAGUUGCGUUUUCUUCUAGGGAUUUUUUUUUUUACCAGACAAUUAUAUGUGCAACACAUGGAAUUUAUGCACAUCGUUAAGUUACGAACAUUUAUUUUACCAGGAAAAGUUAGACAAUAUUUCCAUAAACUCGUCAUUGCACAGCUUGUAGGCUAUUCUAAUAAUAGGUUAUUCCAUCGAUAGAGUAAACUAAAAUAAUUGUAGUCUAGGCUAGUAAAAAUAAAUAGUGCAGAUAUGUCAUAUUGUCGACGGAUAUGCUGGAACACAACAUUGGGCAGCAGUCUUCCUUCAACAGCCUAACCACAGCGUAUUUAUCGCAGCAAUCCAGUGCGCACGGUCUCCCCAGCUGUUAUCCGGCAGAACGCCCAGGAUCCACAAAUCUGUGAAGACAUUCCAGGCCUGACCCCCUUCAUCCAAAUGUGAAGACAAUCCAUGAAAUCAAGCAGAACUUUCAGGGAACAGAAGAGUUCUUUAUAAAAAAGUGAUUUGGAACACCAGUGAGAACUGCUGGUUGUAUUCUCCAACAGUGAGACCUGCUGGUUGUAUUCUCCCACAGUGAGACCUGCUGGUUGUAUUCUCCAACAGUGAGACCUGCUGGUUGUAUUCUCCAACAGUGAGAACUGCUGGUUGUAUUCUCCAACAGUGAGACCUGCUGGUUGUAUUCUCCAACAGUGAGACCUGCUGGUUGUAUUCUCCAACAGUGAGACCUGCUGGUUGUAUUCUCCAUUGUUUUUAUUCACAUGUAUUGAAACAAGUAGAGCCAUCAGUGAUUUCAGCAGCCCCCCCGCCUCCCCUAUCCAUGCCUACAUGCUCAGCGACAGAUAGGGACUGUUUUGAUAAUUGUAUGUAAUUAGAAUUUGUGUGGGAGACGGAGCUGUCUCUGUCUAUUAUCACCUGUAACCUCAGACACAAUAACUUCCCACAUUUACAUAUUUCUCUCAAACAAAAUGCUUUUCUUUCAGUUUUAGGACCAAAUCAGGAAUAAUCAGAGUUAUUGAAGGAAUGGCUCAUGUGAACAAUGUGCUAUUCAGUCCUCAACCAUCAUAAUGAGACACAACUGAAUUCAAUCUGUAGAUUUACAUCUACAUCUCAAGCUCUUUUCGUUGUAUAUUCUAUACUAGACCAUACAUACUAAGUUUGUACAUCUAAAAACAGAGGUACCCACCAAGCCACUAGCUAAAAUGAAAACUGCUUUUUCAGCUGUCUAUUUGAUAUAAUACGAUUUGUCGUACCGUUGUAUAUUUUCUCCUCAUUUGCGGUAUUCGCUGUCCUCUGUCCUUAAUGUCGGGCGCUGGCUCUGUAGCCUUCAGCCCAAUCAGAGGAACAGUAAGUGCCUAUGCAUUUUAGAUAAGACCAUAAAACAUUUAAGUAAAUAAGUGGCCAAUGCAUAUCUGUAGUUAGUGACCUGUGAUGUUUAAAAGCCUGGAAGGGCAAUGUCCUGCUUUACAGUCACACAGUAAUGUUUACACUACGCCACAGCCAUUCAGUGCCCUGACCCGUUAAGAACCACAACCUCUCCAACUGCCAUUCAAAGGGUCUGCAACAUCUAAAAGCACAGGAACACUAAUUAUUUAGAUUUAUUACAAAUCAUUUAUUUAGCACAAGAUUGAAACAUUUAUAUGUAGAGAUUUUGCUACUUUUUCAGAGAAUAUUAGUUUACAGGUUGAUUCUAAGUGCAGACUUGGAAUGUAUCCAGUGCCAAAAGGACAUAAUUGAAUCAUUAACAGAAAAUUAACUGUUUACAUUUUAGGAACAAUGUUUACAGAGGACUGUUGCCCUUAAAAACAUAGGCUAUGUGUCAUUUUGUGACAUAUUAUUUUAUAAGUGCCAUAACCGAAAGGAAAUGUAUAAAAUUGCCAUAACUCAUUGAGGAAGCUUACUUGUUGUCUUCAGCAAAACAAAGCACAACGUGUUCAGGAAAACGUGAUGGUGAAGGUCAAAACCUUCUGUUUGAUCUUUGAUCCAAGGAGAUUCCAUCUAUCUUUGUAUUUUUGCUUCAUAGCUAUGUUUUGUAUGGUAGAUAGAUUCUAGAUCUAGGAGAAGAAAUAGACGAUCCGGGUUUGAUCAAGAUCAUCAUGUUCAAUUUACUGCAAAAUAUUAUCACAGGAAAUGUUCAAGAUAAUAGUAACAGAAUGAAAGCCAUGUAAAUACCUCUGUCACCAAUGGUUGACACUUACAACUUUAUAUUAGUGGAGUUCUUUUCUCUUUUAUCGUGACUUCCAUCUCUUAAAGCGUAUCUAUAAUUAAUUCACAAAGUUCAUCAGACAUAUUUAUUAUUAAAUUAAGAUAUUUUGAAACUAUGAGUACCAAACAACUCAUACCUGCUACCUAAAUGUUUCAAAUAGUGUUUUAGUGGGUUAAUUCUGAAAAAAGGAUACAGGAUUGUAACAGCGUUGAGUCGACAACAGAAAAUAGAGCUCUUAGUCAUGUAAAGAUGACGCCCACCACCAAUCUCCAAGUCUUCGCCGUCUCCCUCCUCUCUCUCCUUGCUGCCCCACUUACCACAGCUGAGGACAGCUCCCCCUCUCCCCCUCCCUCUCCCCUACGUACCGACCCCCGGCCUCGCCAGGGGGGCUCCACCGACCCCCCUCAGUCCACCCCCAGCCCCCCUCUCCUCCUCCUGGCCAUCCAUGCCAACCUCCGCCCAGCUGCCCUCCGGGGCAGGCCCAAAGCUCCAGAGAAACUUCCAGAAUCCCUUGGGGUUCUGGAGACCCCUCCCCGACCCCUGGCCCAGAUCAUGUUCCCCAAGAACGUGACGUCUGCGGCGGCGGGAGCCCUGGCUCCUCCGUUGGGCGCGGCCCAGGUGGCUCCUCCUCCCCGCAGACUGGUGGAUGUGGACGUGUGCCAUGGUUACUAUGAUGUUAUGGGCCAGUUGGACAACACCUUCAACUGCUCCAAGGACAGCUUCAUCUACUGCUGUGGCAGCUGCCACUACCGCUUCUGCUGCCCUGACCCCACCCGCCGUCUGGAGCAGAGCAGCUGUACCAACUACGACUCCCCGGAUUGGGCCAAGACCCAGCCGCCAAACGCCAUACCCCUGGACGAUGAUGUGCCGGAACUGGACCCUCUGCAGCCAUUGAGCCACAACACAGGCUUUGUGAUUGGAGGCGUUAUUGUGUUUAUGGUAGCGGUUGCCGUGGGGAUUAAGAUAAUGUUCAACAAGGUGUCGCAGCAGGCCAACAACGGAGAGAUCAACAUGCCCAGAGCGCUGGUGGACAUGUUGCGUCACCAGUCCAGUCCAGUGCAGCAGGAUGAGAGGAACAACAGCGUGGCUCUGUGUGGUUCAGGGGAGGGACAGGGUACGCUGGGCAGACCUCCCAAAAACCUCUACGCCCCUGGCCUGCCCAGCAAGGACAACAGACUGGGGAAUAUUCAACACAAUUUUAUCCACUCAGGAACCAGUCCAAAUCACACUGCUACCAUCGAACGCGCCCCCCGUAUGAACAAUGCCCAGCUGGCGGCUGGAGGCACUCUUCUGUCCAGCAAACACAACAACACUAAAGGGCAGCCCUCCUUCCACCACUCCCUCCAUAACCUGGCACAGCUCCCCCCAUCCUACGAGAACGCCACCAAGCCAGAGCUCAACAGAUACUCCUCGCUCAAACGCCUGGAAAAGAGUGGUCUUGAUGAAUAUUCAUCGGGCUACUGCACCACCAAGAGGCGUCCCCACACGGCCCAGCCCGCUCUCCAGUCCUCCAGUCACCACAUCCCCUGUGGCGGAGACUACAACACCAUGGGUGGGAGGGGCACCCUCCCCCGCCACGCCCCCCGACCCUGGAUCCAACCCACCGGCCUACCCCCCGUCUCCCCCACGGUCAACCCCUACCCCCUGGACCCAACUGAGCAGCACUACAACCCCAACUACGACACCCUGUCCAAGCCUGCCAGGAAGGUCAUGUCGCAGGACCAGCUGCUCAACAUGGGGGACGUCCCUGGGAACACUGGGACCCUCUCCAGGAUGUCCAAGAACCAGCAGCACCAGUACUACAAAGCCAUGGCUGCUGCUACUAAGAACUCCAACACCCAGACCCUGACACGGAAGCCCAAGGAUCGACCCCAGGAGCGGCCUCAGUCCAACAACCAGACCCUGACGAGGAAGCCCAAGGAUUGGCCCCAGGAGCGGCCUCAGGAGCGUCCUCAGGAUCGUCUACUCAUGUCCCCAGAUCACCUGGAGGAGAGCAUGGGUAGAGGGGUCGGUGGGAUGGGGGUCGGAGGGAUGGGAGUGGGUGUGCCGGAUCCAUAUGCCCAUGGAGGCGGGGGAGGCAUGGUCCCCACUCUCCCCCGGGGUGGUCUCACUCCUCAGCAGAAAGCCCAGUCCCAGCAGAAUGUAUGUGCCACACCCUCCCUGGACCGCCACCACAUGAUCAAGAUGAACUCUCACCCCACCUCCGGGCGGGAGCAGGAGAGAAGCCAGGGCAUGACAGGGCAUAUGAGCGGAGGCAUGGGGGGAGGCAUGGGGGGCUGGGGUGGUAGCGAGAUGCCCGGGGCGGGGGUUGUCAUGGGAACAGGGACGCUAGGGGGCCACAGCGCUAAGAGGAUGGCUUUCGCUGCCAAGAGGCAGAACACUAUAGAGCAGUUACACUUUAUACCAGGAGGGGGCGACGGAGGAGCGGGAGGAGGAGGAGGAGGAGGAAGUAGAGGAGGAGGAAGUGGAGGAGGAGGCAGUCAGGGCAUCAGGACAGGCAGUAAGAAUGAGGUGACGGUGUGAGGGGCUCCAGGUAGAAAUUGCCAUCAACUCUAGAUCUAGGAUCAGAUUAUCUCACCCCUAAACCCACCCUUAACCAUUAGGGGGAUGAAAAAAUAUCUGGCUCUGUAUCAGUGGUUAGGGCAACUUCUACCUACUGUGUGUGUAGUCUUCAUGAAGAGAGUAGACAUAUGAGAAUGGGAAAGGUAGAGAAGGAAAUGUGGUGAAUCAAUCUGUACAUAAAGGGAGAUGAAGGACUUGCUUAGAGAUCAACUUGGUUAAAAUGGUAGAGGAAUGGAAUUAUCCUGCCAUUUUCAUAUAUGUGAUACAUCAGCCAUAUUUCAUAUCUAAAUGUGCCAUAUUGCCAUACACUGGUGCCAUGAAUAACUGAAAAAUAACAAACGUGGGAGAAAUUAGAUAGCUAGGACUUAGUUAAGAAACUGGUUUGUUCAUGCAUAACCUUGUGUUUUAUAUUAAAUGUUUUAUAGAAUAAAUACACUUUUGAGCCAUAUUAGAAAGGAUGGACCAAGAUAAUACAUCUAAGUAUGAUAGAGAGGGAAGGGUGGUGUACGGCCAGACUGUGUACUUCAGUGUUACAUAGAAAAACAGGAUAAACUUGUAUCAAAGGAUGCUAUUUUCCUCAUGGAGCAUUGAACUGAUGAUCUUCAUGACCUAUGAUGUAGAAUGUCGGAUGAUGUGGGGUUUUGAAUCCGGGGAGCGGUGUGCGAGUGAGCCCACCUCAUUCUGACGCAGGAAAACAGAGAUGUCGAUAGUUGCUUCUUGUGUGAAUGAAUGAGUGACCUUGGGGAGAUUGGGCGGGGGGGGGGGGU